AUGCCAACCAUAAGAAAAACACUGAUGUUCUUAGGAGGAUCCCUGGCCAGUGGUGGUUCGCUUAUAAUGAUAUGUGCUGUGCUGGCAACCAAAGAGUGGGUCAGUACUGCGAUUACAUGCAAGGGGUCGGCCAAUAACAAUGGUUCCGUCACACUUGAGUAUGGGCUUUUCGAAGGCAAGGGGAAAAGCAACUUCUGCCCUAACAUUGGGGUUGAUAUUGAGCCCUUUAAAGUCCUGGAAUCUCUGGAACACUUUGGUCCUUCUAAAUCACUACACAUCACAGUUAUAACCUGCCUGUGUCUCGGGCUUUUGGGUUCAAUAUGCAGCUUUGGAAUCACUCUAUAUAACAGCUUCAGCAACCCUUACGAAACAUACCUGGGACCUCUCGGUGUUUAUGUCUGCAGUUCAGUAAGCGCAAUUUUCAUUUUUCUCUCAAUUGUUUUAUUCGUGGUAAACACAGAGGUCUAUCAUUUAUCAAUAGAAAUGGCUCAAAACCAAAUUACGAACCAACGUGUGACUUUGAGUGACGCCAAGAAUUCAAUCGGAUACUCGUACUACCUCAUGAUUCCUGCUUUUUUCUGCAAUCUGUUUGUCAUUAUCAUCAUCUACGUUUACCAGCACGCCAGCUACACUCAGAGGAAGGAGCAGCAGAGACCCACGGAAGAUGCCCCAAAAGACGUCAUGAUGUACUAAUGGUGCUUCUGCAGUUAAGACUUUUGCAAAGGGUUACAGUCUCAUAGCAAUGUUCCCCAGCAGAUAGUAAUUUAGUUUCUUAAGUCAUUAUGUUCCAUUAAUCGUGUCCUCUUGGUCUCUCUGUUUGUACCUGUUUAAACUGUCCUUGCUGGCACUUUCAUAAAGAUGUUUCAACCAUGCUACUCCAACGACGUGGGGCAAAGUUAACUUUGGCUUUGACCUUUUUAAAGGUUCUGUGGAACAAUAUCGCAACAUCUGUUCACACUGAAAUUGUUCCAGGUUUCGUACCAGUGUUUUAUUUUGUGGUAUGCGUUAAAAAAAGUGGUACACGGUGUAUUGCUCUUGCCCGGGCAUGCGCAAAUUAUUUUAGCUCAGAAAACACGAAACACCCAUCUGAUGUGUUUGGCCUUUAAAGAUCUUUUUUAUUAUAAUGUUUUUCACAAUUCAGCACGUGCACGUGGCUUUAACUGAUGACCAGCACAGUGUAAACAUACAAUUUUGUGGGUGAACUACUUUUUGUCUCCUUUGUAGUGAUUUGUGCAGUAGUCAAUCACAGCAUUGACAUCAUACCCUUUUCUUGUGUUAAACGGGAACGCGUACCACAUUCUGACUAUGUACCACUUUCUGGCCCUGCACAAGUACAAUUGUGGCAUGACUCGGAACAGAUCAAUUGUGGACAGGUGGGUCGGAAUGACAACAGAAUGGAUGAUGCAGAGGCAAGCGCAGCUCGCUCACAUAUAAGAUAUAGUGUGAACGCUGUAAUACCGAACUACAUUUUUUAUGUAUCCUCCAAUAUCCCAAAAUGCUUUCUGAUAUGUUUUGUAGCGUGAACAUUACAAAUACAGUACUCAGCAGGCACCUAUAGGAGUUGAGAACGCUUAUCAAUACUGCUGUACCAUAUACAAUUUGUGAGGCUUGUUGUAAAAUGAUGGAUCGUGGAGCGAAGUGAUCAAUUGCUGAAAUCAAGGCAUAUUGAUAUCUGGAGCGAUGAAUUAGUUC